UUGUUUUGAAAGAAAUGAAUCGCCGAGUCGGCAAAUUUUCGGUUCUCGUUUAUAUGUAGAGAAAAUUUGAAUUUGGUUAAUUUUUCGACGUCACACGUUUUGACAGAAAGAAAUUUCAUCUUUUUGUAAGAUAAAUAUUCCUUCAUCAGCUAGAUAAGGGUAGUGAAACAAAAAAACAGGACUCUUCACCACAUGCCCAUCAAUUUGUUUGGAAAAUUGUAAGGUGGAAAAUAUUCAGCAGCAGCGUAGAUAAGUCAAAGUAUAUAUUCAGUCAACGGUAGCUUGUAUGCAAUACAUGAACUACAAUUAAAAUUGCAUGACUCUUAUCGACCACUUUGUGUACGGCUGAUAGCGAAGUGAUAACGAAAUUCAGCAACGUCUCAUCAGUCUUUGCCCACUAUUUGAUCAGUUCAGAACGAAUUGUGUUUCAAUCAUGUCGAUUUAUCAGGAUUUAUCUGAGGAACAUCCAAGGAAGUUGAUACCCGAGCUAUGCAAACAAUUUUAUAAUCUGGGAUGGGUUACUGGGACAGGAGGCGGCAUUUCCAUCAAACUUGAUGAUGAAAUCUACAUAGCUCCUUCGGGCGUUCAGAAAGAGCGGAUUUUACCAGAAGAUCUCUUUAUCCAAAAUAUUGAAGGUGAUGACAUUCAAGUGCCGCCCGAAUAUAAAAAAUUGAAGAAGAGUCAAUGUACUCCAUUGUUCAUGUUGCCAUAUCGUCAGCGACGUGCCGGAGCAGUCAUUCACACACACUCACCAAACGCUGUGAUGGCAACACUCCUGUGGCCGGGCAAAGAAUUUCGUUGCACUUAUUUGGAAAUGAUCAAGGGUAUUUAUGAUCACAAACUGGGCCGCUAUUUACGUUAUGACGAAGAGCUAGUUGUGCCAAUCAUCGAAAAUACUCCAUUCGAAAAGGAUCUCGAGAACCGUAUGAACGAAACAAUGAAAGAAUAUCCGGGAUCGACUGCAAUCUUAGUUCGUCGGCACGGCAUAUAUGUCUGGGGAGAGACAUGGCAGAAAGCCAAAACACAGUGCGAGUGCUAUGAUUACCUUUUCGGUAUAGCUGUGGAAAUGCAUAAAUUUGGACUUGACCCGAAUGCUCCACCAACUCAAACUAAAAAAACUGAUAAAAAAGUGGGCAAACAAUGAACGAAAAAUGUUUAAUACGCAAUAUCAUUGAGCAUGAGCUUUUGUUUUGAUAGUUUGAAAUCAUUAUGAUAUAAAGUGGGAAAAAUACACAUAUGUGUGUGCACACUGCACAGGCACAUGAAUCGUUUCAAUAAAAAAAAAAACAUGUGUUGAAAAUUCGUUCACUAUGUAUGAGGCACUUCUAUCUAUAUGAAAAUAAAAAAAUACAUGAAAAAUAUUAAA